ACUAAUGACGCCCAUAGUCUUGGAAUGCAAGAAUGCCAAUUACAGAAUGAUGUGCUCUCCCCUUCGCCAAGGAGGAUUGGCGUCCAAAAGGGAUCCAGGGCACACACCACGAAAUUGAUCAUUUCCUUGAAACGUUGGGUCACAAGUCGGAUAUCGGGACGUGAAUGCUUAGACAGCCUAUCACGUGUCGAUGACGCGGCGGCAAACCAGGGAAGGAACGGGCACAGCAGCUUGUCGACACCUUGAAGACCAGACCGUCGCUCCACCCUUCUGUUCUUUAAACACACCCGCCUCCCCUCCAACUCCGCAACCACAUCAUCCUCUUCUUCACGCCGGUCAUGUUUACUCUCAACUUCGGCAUCUUUGCCUCCAUGGCGCUGGCCGCCAACGCCAUCCUCGUCCCUCCGAACGUCGCAGCUGAGAACCUCGGCGAAGACUGGCCUGCGGAGAUCAUGGCCGUCAGUACUUACAAGCGCACGGUAGCCCUGGAAUGCCCCAGCUGCGCCUAUGCGAUCGAGGGUGCGAACGGUCCGUCAUGGAAGAUGGGUGCAGGAAACACAUUUUUGCUGGAUUUCGAAGUCGGACCGAGCCAACACACUCUCGACAUCGACGGUAUCACUCUGUAUCCGCCCAAGUUCGACCUCUUCGCAGAGCCGUUCUACGUCACUCAAGUCGACCCUCUCCGAGAAUCGCAAGCAUCUCCACGGCUCCGCGUGACCGGCUACAAGCUCCACUACAACACUGCGGAGACCGUCUCAGAGACCGGGAAUGAGCUCCUUCCCAUCACCUUCCACGUCACAUCCAUCGAAUCACAGGAGUUCGACUUGCCACCUCUUACUAUCAACCUCCUAAAGGAUGCCGAGGGCAACCUCAUGAUCGCCUCGUUCCAGACGCCAAAGGCAGAAGAGGCGAGCCCUAUCGAUCCCGCCAAAGAAUGCAAGGAGUGGCCAUUGCUGUGCAAGUGGAGGUCGAUUUUGGGUGACAAGAUCGAGAACCUCAAGGGCUCGAUGCGCAAGGGCUGCCACCAGCACAAGCACCAGGGCAAUCCCAUGGAGCACGAGGGUCUGCGAGGCAAACCACCUCACACAUUCCGACCGGGCAAGCCUCACCCGCACCACAAACUCCACCACCACGCUCAUGGCCACCAUCACCACCACCGUGUCCACAUGUUCAUGCACCGCGCUUUCAUUACGAUCUUCAUCCCCAUUCUUAUCGGCGUUUUGGCUGGUACUAUCACGUACGUUAUCGGCAUGGCUCUCGGACUCCUCAUUGCCGUAGUCCUUGCCAAGGUCCGUGGCCGUGACGCUUACGAGCGUAUCGCUUUGGAGGACGGUGAUAGCGAUGACGUUGAGCGGGGUAGCGAGAAGGAGGCAUAUGCCGAUUUGCCCGAGUAUGAUGCACCUCCCGUGUACGAGGAGCCUGCAGAGAAAGAAGUCGUUGCAUAAAUGCACCGAAAACCACCCACUAUCGAUACCCAUUUCCACUCUUUCCUUGUGUUCUUUACCAAAAGCCACCCUCACGACAUUGAUGGGGGCGAACACGUUAGAUGUUCAGCAUGUACGGCGCAAGUAUUGUUUUAUCUGUUGGACUUUUGCAUAUACUCACACUUGAUUACGGUUGAACGAAUCCGGAGAACAAUCUUUCCAUAGAUGUAGUAUCUGCAAAUUGACUAAAUUGUCAUCAAUACUC